AUCAACGUUUAAAGGGGAGACAGGGGUCAUCCGUAUAUACACGUUCUCUCCUAAGAUUGGUUAAAAUUACGUAUUUUUGCCUAUCUUUUAUGCAGUUUCACUUCUAUGAUAGGUUGGACACCAUACAAAUCAUUGCUUGGAAAAAUAUGUCUGAAUCCGCGCAUAUUGAUCAUCAUUGUAAGUCAGCUGAUCAAAGAGGCUUAAUUAACGAUUUCCUCUAACAGCUAGAUGAACUGAACGUUUGCCAAUGUCAUAUGUUCAUAAGAUGAGUGUAGUUUCGCUAUGAAUCCUCAGGAAAGUGACUUUUAGAUGGCACGUGUGAAAUCACAUUUUUGAGAUUUGAAGUGCUAUAGAUAAAGUCCUUUGUAUACGUAUUUAUUUUUCUAUGUCCUUGAAAGAAGUAUGUUUGUCGAAACAAACUUUAAAGACUUCAUAUAUCGUAUACUGUUACCGUGGAUCUUGCAUGCUAAAUGCAUGCACCAGCCCCGAAGAGAUAAGUCAUCUUGGAACCAAGAAAAAAUGCCUUGUUUUCUGUGUUGUGUGGCCAUUUAGUGCCCAAAUUGCUCAUUACCAUAGAGUACAGGAAGGAUUUUAGACCUUGGCAUGAUAAAAGAUAUACGAGCAGGUCAACGAUUUUAUUACUUAAUCAAUGUCAUCGAUUUCAAAAGGACAAGGCCACGUGUGUUUGCAUGGGACAAAAAGACUUGAAGGUGAUAUGGAAUGCGAAACUUGUCAUGAAAAUAGUGAUAUGCAUCAGCAGCACAGAUCUCCAAACCCGACGGUAAAUGAAAGCAUCCACGGAAAAAGUAACCCCGAGUCGAAAGGUCAUGAUGACCUCAUAUCUCCGGCACCGGAUGGGGGCUACGGCUGGGUGAUUUUGGCGUGUAGUUUUUACAGCAAUUUCUGUAUUGAUGGAGUGGUCGGGUCUUUUGGAUUAUUGUUACCUGUUUUAAUGGAGGAAUUCAAAGCUAGUGCUGCUGUCACGUCCAUGCUGAGUUCCACGCUUAUCGGCAUCUUCUUAAUCAUAGGAUACAUUACAAGUUUCCUGAUUGGACGAUAUGGAACUCAACGUGUGAUGUUCUCAGGAGCUUGUUUGUACACAUUAGGACUUUUCCUGAGUUUCUUUGCACCAAGCAUCUUGAUACUAUUCCUGACUUAUGGACUAUUUUGUGGCGUUGGUAUUGGGUUAGUCUUUCUUCCAUCGGUGAUGAUCGUCAAUCAGUAUUUUGACAGAAAACGGUCUCUCGCCAAUGGAAUAUUGACCUCUGGUUCAGGCAUCGGCCUGCUAGUGAUGGCGUCAGUCACAGAAAAGUCGAUCGAAGUUUUCGGAUGGCGAGGAUCUCUUUUGAUUUGUGCCAGUUUUACUGUGCAGCUAUGCGUUUGUGCGUCUUUAAUGAGACCCAUUGGAAGAAUGAAGCAUAAGGAUAAAUGCCACGAAGAGUCCAUAUCACCUCUUUGUAAGAAAGUUAUUGAUCAGGGGGAUAAUGAUGUCAGAUACACUUCCAUGCCAUUUCUGAACAGACAUCUUGAUUCGGCAUGUGGCAGUACAUCUAGUCUUCCCGUUCUUUUUGUAACUAAUCUUUCCGCUGAUAAAGACUUUACAUCAAAGGAAACGGUAGCAAUGUGUAACAAAGAAUCUAGGAUGCGAAACACUGAGGUGAGCAGUUCCAAAGGCUGCACUCUACCAGUAUUCCUUUAUAGCAAGCCAUUCUUUUUUCUGUGUAUUGGUUGUCUUCUUACUCAGAUGGGGCAGUUUAUUCCACUGGUUUUUAUCGGUGAUUAUGGGAACCAUGUCGGCGUGACGUCCACAGACAUCAGCAUCGUUUUAUCCACAUUCGGUGUGGCUAACACAACAGGUCGUUUGUUUGCCGGGUUUAUCGCCAACACCCGAAGUGUCAGUCACCUAAACAUCUGUAAUAUCGGUUUGAUAAUAAGUGCCGUUGCUUGCUUUCUGUUCUUCCUCUGUAAAACCUUUGAUGCCUUGUUAGGAUUUGCCGUUGCAUAUGGAUUCUUUAUAGGAUUUUUUCCACCCAUGCAACCUUUAAUGAUACUGGAUUACCUUGGCUUAGAACAUUUGACUGCGGCGUAUGGUUUUGUCACCAUGCUGAAAAGCCCUGCAGCCGUCAUUGGGCCACCUUUUGCAGGAGCUCUUCUGGAUAUGACGGGGAAAUAUGAAAUCGUUAAUGGAUUGGCGGGCAUUAUUUUUACCAUUGCUGUUUGUGCGCAGAUGUUUGCUCUUUGUUGGGGUUCGCCCGGAGAGAAUCUAGCUAAGAAAAUCGAACUGGAUGUUUGACAUCAUGACAUGAUAUAGUUAAAAUUCCGCAACUUCUCUUGAGCUUUCCAGCAAGCGAAAAUUCCAAGACCAUUUUUACCAUAUGGUCGUCUUUCACAUUUUUCGAAAUACCUGUGGAAAACAACGUUAUAAUUCAUGAUAAGUAAAAUAUGUUCUUAACAGUG